CUCUGACUGAGCCCGCCUCUGACUGAGUCACGUGAUUAGUUUUGCAGCUGCGGAUUAGUGCAGAAGAAGUGCAGAGACUAGUUUCAAUUCCAAGUUCAAAUAAUUAUGGCAACUCCUUUUGUAAAAAGACCAGAACGACACCAGCCACUAGGUAUACGUAAUCUUUCUGAGAUAUUUCAUUUACUAAAGAGGCAUGGUAUCAGUUAUUUUGAUUUUGGUCUUCAUCUGGGUCUGUCUCGUCCUACACUUGAUGUUAUUGAGGCUAAUAACAAAAGAAAUGUUAAUAAAUGUCUAUCAGAGUGCUUGGAGGUAUGGGUGGAACAAGCUGAUGAUGUAAAGAGUAAAGGUGGUCCAACUUAUGAUACAUUAAUGGAAGCAUUGAGGAUGAUGGGGAAUAAUGCUGUAGCUGAUGAGAUUGAAAGAGAAAUGGGCUUACCUGAAACUCCACCCUCCAGUCCACCUGCUAAGAGAUUGACAAUGCAACAAUUAUUAGGUAAAUAAU